UGAAUUAUAAUACUACUACUACUGUCAUUGUCCCUCUAUAUUAUUUUUCUUUUUGUCACUGUCAAUUAGUGUUGAGAUAACUGGAGCCCGUUCUUGCGAUAAUUACUAAUGUGUUUUUCUCUUUUGUAAUAAUUUUCUCAGAAUGGCUAGUAUAGAAUUAGAUAUAUGGCGAGGAGAGUGGGGACUAGCUUCAAUUGACUUGGAGUGCUUAAAAGUUUUGGUAUGUUUUCCAUAACCUCCAUUAAUGUUUGUUACCGGCUAGUCUCAAUUUAAAUUUUAAAUUUAUAUUCCAGACUUACAUGAAGUUCAUCGGAGUUCCAGUACGAGUUCGUGAAUCUAACAAUCCAUUUUUCACACCUAAAGGACAACUUCCUGUAAUGAGAGACGGACGCAAAGUUCUCACAAAUUUUGAAGAAGUAGUGGAACAUUUAAAAUCUUUGCACUACAGUACUGAUGUCCAUUUAAAUACAAUGCGAACAGCAGAGGCCAGUGCAUUUACACAAUACUUGCAGGAUAAGUUGUACCCUGCUUAUCAAUUUGCUUGGUGGGUAGAUGAAAAGAAUUAUAGUGAACUCACAAGGCCUAUUUAUGCUAAAGCAUUGAGGAUUCCAUUCAACUUUUAUUACCCAUCAAAAUACCAAAAAGCUGCCAAAGACAUGAUAGAUGCAUUAUAUGGAGAGCAUACAGACCUCAGAGAAAUUGAAAAGACUAUAUACUCAGAAGCAGAAAAGUGCCUCAAGACCCUUUCAGAUCGACUUGGGGAGAGUGAAUACUUUUUUGGUAACAGACCAUCAUCUUUUGAUGCAACUGUGUUUGCAUAUCUUGCCCCUCUGGUGAAGGCACCUUUUCCUAAUGCAACACUGUCAAACUACCUCAAAGGCAUUGCUAAUCUAAGUCGAUUUGUUGCUAGGAUUAAUCAGAAAAACUUUAGGCAUGUUACAGAUGAGUACAAUAGACAGAAUGCAAAAAAGCAUUCAACGGGCACACAAUCAGAGAGAGAAGCGGCAAAUUUUCCUAAUCAAACCAGAAACAAAAUACUUGCUGCUAUAUUUGCAGCAUUGGCUAUGACUGGUUACGCCAUUGCCAAUGGGAUGUUUCAAGACUUAAAGGAUUUCGAACAUUCCGGGGACUACAACGAGAUGUUUGAGAAUGAAGAAGAUGAUAACUGAUGAACGUGACACGUGCGUACGUCGCCCGCAUAACGUCGUGUCGCGAUUUAUUGUUUUGAAAAGAAAUAGAUUAUUUCUUUAGGUAAUGAAAUUAACCAUUGAUCAAAUAGCGGCGUAGAACAUCACAACGGAAAUAGGUACUCUGCUAAAUAAAGAUUUUUUAUCUUAAUAUUUAAUGGGGGGCGGCGGACGCGGCGC